AUGCCAAGAAACUGCUGUCAACAUCCAACGAGACAUGCAAUGUCUACAUCAAAACCAAAAGGAUUAAGAGCAGUUUCAUCGAAAUUAUCGAUGUUUUUAACGAGUCGAUAUAACAUCAUUGACACUCGUAUUCAUUGGCUCUGUCCCAGAUGUCACACAUUGGAAUCAAAGGAAAUGAAUAAUCAAACAAUGGAUAUGGAUACCGAUCGAAGUGAUAAUGACGAUGGCUCCAUGACAGAAGACACUGCCUCUGAUGAAAAUGAUAACGAUUUGGAAGGAGAAAACAAUGGUUGCAUUAACGAAGAAAUCGAAGGUGCGCCAGAAGAUAGCGACGAUGAGACCGAUUCUGAAUCAAUGGACGAAGAACCAGGUGAUGUUUCAUUUGAUCUCGAAUAUCGUCAAAAUGAGGCAAUGGAAAAAUUGUCCACUGUCUUUCGGUUAUUCAAUAUAGAUCCAAUUCAUGACAAGAUAGCGGUUUCUCCCAUUCGUGCUAAAGUCGAUGAGAUAUACAGACAUCUUCAUGGACUGUGUGAUGUGCUACAAGGAAAAGCUCAGGGUACACAUAACGCCAGUCCACACAACCUGUUGAUAAGCGAAUCAAACGAGCUUUUGGAUGGUCUGAAGAAGUUAUUUGAUGAAAGCGAUGACAUUGAGCGGGUUCGUCUGAUGACAAUUGCACCAAAGAACUGGGGUCGAAAAAAGCUUGAAAGAUGGUGA